GCACUCCUCUACAGGCAGUCACUGAAUCACCACUGACCCAAGAACAUAUCAACCUUCCUUAGAAUACAUAUGGACUCCCAAUCUCUCGUCAACUGGCAUAGUGGCCUGUGUGACUGCUUUGAAAGUGCCAGUACCUGCUGCUAUGGUUUCUGGUGUUGCCCUUGCCUGGCCUGCACAGUUGCAGGCAAAUAUGGAGAGAACCGCUGUCUCCCAUUGUGCGAUGUCUUUGCCCCUGCUGCUUUUGCAUCUUGCGGGAUCCCUUGCUUUGUGCCACCAGCAGUCCUGUCUCUAAGAGCAUCCAUGCGAGGCAGAUACGGUAUCAAGGGCAACCUCUGUAAGGACAUCCUUGCUUCCUGUUUCUGUGUUUGGUGCAGCUGGUGUCAGAUGCAUCGUGAGAUUAAACACCGAAGCAAAACGCCAGUUGUCCUUAAUGUACACAACCAAACUAUUGUGCAUCAGCCUGCUCCUAUAGUAAUGAUGCAGCCCGCCCCAGCACCUCAGAUUGUAAUGAUGGACCCCAACCCAGCACCUCCUUACUAUCCUCCUCAAAAAUAAGACGUAUCAAAUGCAGCUUUGAGAUAGAAUUUGUUGAAUUCACUGUCAGUCUGGACUUCAAUUGUUUCUUCUCAAUCAUUUAAUGAUAAUCUUGACGUUGAUUAAACUAAUCCAGACUGUAAAGAUAUGUGGUUAAAGAUACUUGUUAUUUGUAAUGGAAGACAAUCAUACAACAAAUACUUAUUAGGAAUUCCAAGAAUUUACAGGAACCAAGACCAUGGAAGGAGUGUGAGAGAAUUAUGGUUUUGUUCACCAUAAAUAAAAAAAUAAAAAAAUGUAUUCAUCAAUUGUCAAGUGUUCUGACCUAAACCCAUUGGGCUCGAGACUUAGGCGGCAGGCAUCAAUUGGAAGCAGUUCAUUUAAAAUGUAAAAAUUCUGUUUUAUUUACAACACCAUUGAGACGCUCAUGAUGGCUAUAAUUUCUUCAGUGUAAAUAAUACACUUUUGUGAAAGUGAGUCCGCUUCAGUCACACAUGUUUUUAAAAACCUGUUUAACUUCAGAUCUAUUUUGUAAAAUACAGCCUGUCAGUUAUGUCAAUUGGGCCCAUCUGUAAUGUGACAUGUAAAUGCACUUAGUAAUACUGUAGACUCUAUGUUAUACUUUGUGUGUGUGGAUUUAGUUGUGAAUUCCUUGUUGAAUUAAUUGUCCAAGGAUUUUCAGCUUCUUCCUUCGUCUGUCCAUGAUGUAGAGUAACGGUUACCAAUGUGGAGAUCACCAGAGAUCACAAUUAGUCUUUUCAAAAUAAUAGCUUACUAAGGAUAGGUCACUGUGUUUUCCUAGGAAUACCAUAGAAAUGACUGAUAAGUGGAGCACAUUAACAGGUUAAAUCAUCCAUCAUAUAUAUAUAUAUAUAUUUUUGAAAUCGUUAACAUGAUAAAUGUCUUUACAUACAGUAGAUAAACAUCAUUACCUAUUAUUAACAACAUGAUUAAAGGUAAUUUGAGCAAGUUUCAGAAGAGCAUCAGAUUGGCAAGUUUUACAGCCAUACAAUAUAGUCUUACCAGCUCUUGCACAACAAAGUCAGUUUUCUCCUGGUGAAUAAAAUCUUUGGGUCAGCAAGACCAUUUUCAUGUGGCAUUAAAACUAAAGAGCCAUUUUUUCACAAUCCCCGUAUCUUCUUUCCUGUUAAAUACUGCUUCCAGAAUGAUGAGCCAUUCACCAAAAUGAUAAAGCUGGGCGUCCCCGCCUUGACAAAAUACCUGCAAAAUAGAAGGUGCAUUGUCAAGAGCUUGAAGGAAGCAGAGUCUUAACUCAGUUUACAACAGCGCCCAUGUAAAACAUUUUAAUUAGUGUUGGAGCUAAUAUUUUCCAUUUCGCUAUUACAAUACAGUGCUAGUAUAGUUUAGUGAUCAAGGUUCUUACAGCUCUAGGCAAGUUAAAUUCAAGACUUUUUGAUGCAGUUUGAAAUUAAAUUUUAAAACCAACUUGACAAAAAAAAAAAAAAAAAAUAGAAGAGGAACAAAAACAAAUAGAAGAGGAAAAAAUAAACAACACAGGACGUCAAGUAGUGUGGUCCAGUCACUGCUGAAAGUCGCAGCCGACCGCCAUGACUGUCCAUGUCAACACAUAAAAUAUAUACAGCUCAUAUAACAAAAAAAGAGCAGCAAAACAAAUUAAGCAACAUUGCAACAUCGACUACACGCCUUAAAAGGAGCGGGAAGAAGACAAUUCAUUUAAUCUCACCCCUAUUCUCAUCUAAUUAAGAACAAAAAACUUCUUUUACUUCCUUCCAAAAUGUAGGCAACUUAAAAAUUCAGAACAAUUUUGUACGUAUACAUUCUUGUAACCAAUUUUGUCCCUUGUGAUGAAGUUAUCUCAGGUAGCACCCAA